AUGUACUGCACGACUAUUAAUAGACUUCCGCGAGAUGCUUCAGGCAGUUUUUCACAGACCGGUUCACACACCAGUUCCGUCAGGUUCUGGAUUGACAGCUGCCUCCUAUCGAUUGCUUGUUCCAGCGCAUCUUCUCCUGGUCCCAGAAUACACACUCUAGGAGAGUGUGGUAUCUAUCACGUAUCUACAGAGCAGAUAUUUGGAGCCCCGGGCCUUGUCCAUCUGAUGCUGGUACUCCUAGAUGCACCCGUGGCCAGUCAUCGCCGGCGCAACCACAUAAAGAGGUCCGAGAUGAUUUUCCUAGUUCAGCUGGCCUUCUCCAUAGCCCGCCAUCUCUCGUUCCAUACUUCGACAGUCUGCCGCCGUUCCGCUAUCCAGAUGUCCCGCUUCUGAAUUUGAGGAAUGUUCUACGACAGCUCACAGCUAUCCGACCCCGUUCCAAGGCAACGAGAUCGAUCGGUGGCCACUCCGUGAGCACGCUUAUAGUGAUAUCCGAUACUAUUCUGUAUGAAGAUGCUAUCCGCAGAGCCACUUGCCUUUGCUGCCUUACUAAGGCAUUGAGGUUCUUCGCAAACAUCAUUACUCUGCUCGCCCAGAUGGAAGCCACGUAGAGGGCCUUGCUCUAGACAACGGACACCAAUAGCCUCCGCUAACUGCCGCAAAGCCUUCCCUAACGUUAGGCAUAAGCCUGGCGAUAGCCCUCGCCGUACUUUCUGCCGCUUUAAUCGCCUGGCCUACAUGUUGAGUGAACUCCAGCCUCCUGUUCAGUGUAACGCCGAGGUAGCGGAGGGAGUCCCAGAUCGUUAUAUUUUGGCCUCUUAUCCGAAGCCAUGACACACCAUAGGCCCACUUUCCCGUUAGGAUGACGGUCUCCGUUUUUUGCACAGCUAGCUCGAGCCUAUUCAAACCUAACAUAACCUGGGUUCAGCACCUGCUUCAAUAGCAUACCGGUAUCAUAUAUUGUCGCAUGGACUUAUUAAUUUAUAGUUUACAAACUUAAACACGUGAAGAACAGAAUCCGUAUGCUAGUCUAUAUGCAAUAAGCAUGAAUAACAGUAGGCCGUUUGAAAAAGUAAUAAGUAGUUCACUAACGGGCUACCCCAUUGCAAAAAGCCUAAUUCUCCAUCUGGUCUACGACGUACGAGGUCUGUCCCAAAAGUUUCCGACCUCUGUCCGUUAUUCCGCGCUCGUCUUAUUAUCUUCGUCCGGCUCGUGGAAUCCUUUGAAGUAGUUUCCAUUCGACUAGAGAAUACGCUCUCAAUGUGCUUCCAUACCUCGAAGCAGUUCUGGAAGUCCACCUUUGCAAUAGCCUUUAGUGAACUUGUCGCAUUUGUCCGUGUCAUCAAAUCGACGUUCUUUAAGUGGAAUUUUUAACUUUGGGAAUAGCCAAAAGUCGCAGGGGGCUAUGUCAGAACUAUACGGAGGUUGGCGAAGUUGUAUUUUUUUAUGUUUUACCAAAUAUAAUCGUACUAGGUUUAAUAAAUGCGCUGGUGCCUUAUCGUGGUAUCGUGCAUUUUCUAUUAAAUACUUUUAAGUAAGAUUUCUAGACUUGUAGUAGAAAAAGUGUUCACAAGAUAAAAAGAAAAAUUUAAAUAAUUGAACAUUGUAAAACUAUCAAUGCUAUCAAACUAUCAGCUUAUCAAAUUAUCAUUCUGUAUAUCACAAUUAAUUUAAAUAAGUUGUAAUAGUUGUAUAAAGUUUUAAACCAAAGUAAUAUAUAGCGAAAAAGUCAUAAAACGUUUUAAAUCAAAAUAACGUAAAAGGAAAUUUUUUUUCAAUUUUCACGCCCAGGGGGUCAUGUGGUGACCUCUUGGACAUAACAUACUUUUGUUGGCUGUGGACCAUUGGUGACGUGGCUGAUGGAAUUGGUUGUUGCAUUGAUCGAGAAGUUUCCUCAGAGACUAUUGUUCUCAUUAUGCUGGUCAGUUGGAACAAAUGGAUAGCAAUGAAAGCAUACGUUUUACUAGUGUUAGGCACUAAAGAAGAGGAAGAGAAGCAGACACUUAAAGGGACUGCCAUAGUAUGCCGCUCAAGGCAUUGGAGUAUAGGAUAG